AACACGGAGGCUGCGGGAGAAGCGUGGAAGUGAGAGCGGACCAUUCAGACUUCUUACCCCCACAGAAGUCGCUUUAACGCGGCUAAAAACAACAGCAGAACCCUCCCCGGUUCUCUCUCUCUCUCUCUCCAGCCCAAGUACCGCGAGUGUGCGCCGGGCCGCGGGGCGGAGGGCGGCAGGUGUUCAGCGGAGGGAGACGCAUCGCCUCAGUCGGCUCCCGGAGCCUCAACAGGGUGCACAGGACGGAGGAGAGCGGCGGAACAAAAAACCCCUCAAAAGACCCGCAAAGCUCCAGAGCGGACAACGAUACCACACACACACACACACACCGAGUGAGGUGUCCCUUUCUCCCCCGUGUGGACUGCUGCGGAGCACCGCCGAGGACUCCGGACACGGAGCGGGGGAAGGCUCCGGUGUCGCAGGGGAGAGACGCCGCUGCGUGUAACGGUCGAUUUUUUUUUUACCCACUUUUUUUUCCUUCAAUGAACUCUUCGUUAGCAGCGUGUUAGCAUCGCGGCUACACAACUCUGCGGCGGUGCUAACAAACUUAAACGGGCUUUUUUGUGUGUGUUUUUCCCCCCCCCUCUUCCCCGGGAUAAUAACCUGUUGUGUCAUUUCUUCCGUUGUAACCCGAGACGGGCAUCACCACCACCACCACCAUAGUGCGGCGAGGUAACCUAUCUGGUGUCCGAGGAAAGAGUGCCCUGCCUGGGAGAGUGCGGGGUGAUUUAGGGGUGAACCGGUUAAUUAGCUUAACUUGCAAACCGCAGCCCUCGCUUCUCCAUCCCCGGGAAAGACCCCCGGGAGGGGAGAGCUGGUCCCGGGUUGUUCAGCAGACAGACAGCAGCGGUAUUCACACAAUCAAUUAGUGGAUUGAUUUUUACACACACGCACACACAUGUGGGUGAUUUGUGUGUUUUAUCGCUUCUCUGUUAAUACGAGCACCGUCUAAACAGCUAAAUGAUCCACGGGACAAAUCCCCCCGGCGAAGACAUCAAAACAAGCGCGGAUUUGAGCUCUGAUAGCGGGGGAAUAAGCCGAUAAGUCUAAAACACACUCAACUGUAUUAAUUCCGUGCUCCGAUCAAUCCCGAGGAAGAUGAGGUAUCGCAGGGCGCAGUUGAACCGGGACUCCGCCGCAGCACGUCGGGACCACGGGGCCGUUUUACCGUGAAGACAGACACACCAGGGACCAGAAAGUCUUGCUGAACCCCCCCCCUUCAUCUUCAUCUGCAUCCUCCUCUUUCUCCUGCCGGGUGUUGGACGCCGGAGCUUGGGGACUCAUAGCAGGGGACAGCGGUGAACUCUCGGGGGGGAGAAAGCUCGGAGCCGCCGGUGCUGAAUCCCGGUGCCCCUCCACCCUGGACCUCCUCCUUCUCAAGAGAGUUGCAGAAAGCGACCGCACUAAGCGGACACGGACACUGUCGUUCGCCCUGCUCUCCUGCGGGAUGAAACCGGGAAUUAGCUGCCCCGAUGGCUCCCCGGAGCGUGCGGAGGGACCCGCAGCGGGGAGCCGGCCGGUGAUCACGGGGAGCGGGACGACCCGGAGAGGGGGCCGGUGUCUGCCCGGGUUCGUCCUGCUCCUCCUCGGCAGCUGCUGCCACAUGUUGCACGGCCAAGAGGUGGCUCCCUACCUUCGAGGGGGCGGAGCAGGGCAGCAGGUGGUGUUGGAGGGAAACAGGCUGGUGAUGACCUGCCUGGCUGGAGGCAGCUGGCCUCUGCAGUACCGCUGGACUCUCAACAACAGCAACAUCACCGACUGGACACAGCAGUACAGGCUGUCCGUCUCGUCCCUGAAGAGGACCGACGCCGGCCUGUAUCAGUGCACAGUGAGGAACAGGAUGGGAACAGUAAUCCACAGGAGAACAGAGGUGCAGGUGGCCUAUUUAGGAAGCUUCUCCACGGAGGAGCAGAGAAAGACUGUGACUCAGGGCAGGGCCGCCAUCAUCAGCACGCCCCCCCUCGCCUCUUUCCCCCGACCCCUCGUCACAUGGUUCAAAGACGGACAGAAGAUUAUCCCGAACAACCGAAUAGCAAUCAGUUUGGACAAUCAGCUGGUCGUCCUGGCAACCACGGCAACGGACGCAGGACGCUACCACGUGGAGGCGGUGAACGAGAUGACGGGCGAGAACGUGACGAGUGCCGCCGUGUACCUGAGCAUCUCAGUCGGCAAGAAGAACCGUGGGUCAACAGAUCCUGAGUCAGAGCUUUUGGCUCCAGCGAUUGUGAUUGGACCUAAAGACACAACAGUGGUGGCCGGGAGUGAGGCUACACUCGAGUGCAUUGCUAAUGCCAGGCCGGUGGACAACCUCGCGGUGUCAUGGAAACGGGACGGGCGUCGGCUGACCAGUGGGCGUCGGCUCGUUUUUCCUGCCCCCACGUCUUCUGACACCGGGCUAUAUGUUUGUGAAGCGUUGCUUAGUAACAGCACUGCCAAACCUGCGGAGGCAAGGGCACACCUCACUGUGAUAGAACUGCCCUCUCUGACCGCCCAGCCCAAGAGGAAGAUCUUUGCUGAGCUCGACCGGAAUGUAGAUAUCCCCUGCCUCGCUACAGGCGUGCCCCAGCCCAGGAUAGAGUGGUACAAGGACGCGGUGCCUCUUUCCAAACUGGCGAACCCCAGAUACAAAGUCACCGCAGCGGCGGGGCUGACGGUGCGCAGGGUGCAGCCGGGAGACGGAGGAAUAUUCCAGUGCUUUGCUCGCAGCGCUGCAGGAGAGACCCAGGCUCACACACAGCUCCUUGUCUCCAGCGUGGCCCCCACAUUUACUUCCCCCCCAUUCGACCAAACAGUAACCGAUGGCAACACGGCGUUGUUUACCUGCCAGACGAGCGGCGCUCCGAAACCUGCCAUCACCUGGAGGAAAGGAUUGCAGGUCUUAGCCAGCGGCUCGGUGCAGGUUCCCAGGUUCACGCAGCUGCAGUCGGGUGGUUUGCAGAUUCAGCCAGUCAGCUUCCAGGAUUCGGGAGAAUACACCUGCACCGCCUCCAACUCCGAGGGCAGCAUCAACACCACGGCGGCGCUCACUGUGUUGCGACGCACAAUCAUUUCAGUGCCUCCGACAGACAAGCGUGUCAUCAAGGGAACCACUGCUGUCCUGGACUGUAACGCCACACACGACGCCAGAGUCAAUAUCAGCUUCAAGUGGGAUCGUGGCGGUACGCCGGUCCCCCCGACCAGUGGGGCCCGUGUCUCUGUGCGCCAGGGCUCUCUGACAAUUGGCCAGACGUGGUCAGGUGACAUCGGGGACUACACCUGCACGGUGACAUCACGGGCCGGCAACGAUUCUCACUCCGCGCGCCUCGAAGUCAUCGAGCUGCCGCACUCCCCCCGCUCCCUGACGGCCCGGCUCAAUGACUCCGACUCCCGCUCCGUCCACCUGUCCUGGCUGCGCCCCUUCGAUGGAAACUCCCCUCUUCUGUAUUACCUGCUGGAGCUAUCGGAGAACAACUCGCCGUGGAAGGUGUACCUAUCAGAGGUCGAUCCCGCCGUGUCCGAGGUGUCGGUGGGCGGGCUCACACCUGCCAGGACCUAUCAGUUCAGACUCUGUGCUGUCAAUCAAGUGGGCAGGGGUCAGUACAGCGCGGAGACACAACGAUUGAUGCUCAGGGAGGAGGCACCCAGCGCUCCUCCAAAGAACAUUGUGGCCAGCGGACGCACCAACCAGUCCAUCAUGGUGCAGUGGCAGCCUCCACCGGAACCCCAGCUCAACGGAGUCCUUCGAGGAUACGUGCUCAGGUACCGUCUGGCGGGGCUGCCGGGGGACUACCAGGAGAAGAACAUCAGCAGCCCAGAGACCAACUACUGUCUGCUCAAAGAUCUGAUCAUCUGGACUCAAUACCAGAUCCAGGUGGCCGCCUACACCGGAGCCGGCCUGGGUGUCUACAGCAGCGCUGUCUCCGAGUACACUCUGCAGGGGGUUCCCACAGCACCUCCGCAGGAAGUGGAAGUUGUAGCUAUCAACUCGACCACCAUCCGCUUCACAUGGAACCCGCCACCUCAGCAGUUUAUUAAUGGCAUCAACCAGGGAUACAAGCUGCUGGUUUGGCCCGAGCAGUCCCCGGAGGACGUCAUCGUCGUGACCAUCACGCCGGACUACCCGGGUUCACGCCACACGGGACUCGUCAGCGGGCUAAAGAAAUUCACCUGGUACUUCGGCGCCACCCUCUGCUUCACAACACCUGGAGACGGCCCCCGCAGCUCGCCCACCAUGCUGCAGACACACGAGGACACACCUGGACCUGUUCGCCAUCUGAGCUUCACUGAAAUCUUAGACACGUCCCUCAGAGUCAGCUGGACGGAGCCUGAAGACAGGAACGGCAUCGUUACUGGCUACGUGUUGUGGUGGGAAGUGUCCGACAAAGAGUCGAGUCGCGAGGAGCGCUCUCUCUCCAACUCCACCCUGCGGUACCAGCUGACCGGCCUCACCUCCACCACCGCAUACUCACUCCAGGUGGCGGCGCUCACUGCCGCAGGAAGGGGCGUGGUCACGUCCUCCACCAUCUCCACCGGAGUCCCACCAGAACUUCCCGGAGCUCCGUCCAACUUAGUCAUCUCCAACAUCAGCCCUCGCACGGCGACGCUGCGGUUCCGCCCGGGUCCUGACGGGAAGACGGCGAUAUCUCGAUGGAUCGUAGAAGGACAGGUAGUGAAGGAGGAUGGACAAGGGGACGCGUGGGGAGUCGUCCACCAGGAGGACAACCAGCCAGAUGCAGACACGCUGGAGAUUCCCAACCUCGCUCCGUUCACUCAGUACAGGUUCAGGAUACGUCAGGUGAACAUUGUCGGAGCCAGUCCCCUGAGCGCCCCCUCCAGGCUGAUUCAGACCUUGCAGGCGGCACCUGACACGCACCCCUCUAACCUCACCCUGCUGUCUGCUACACAGUCCAGUCUGCGCUUCAGCUGGAUGCCUCUUCCUGAGUCUGAGUACAACAGCAGCCCAGAGACCGUGGGCUACCGGCUGCGUGUGUGGAGGACGGACGGGCAGGGGGAGGACAGAAUGGACGAUGCCGAGGGAGCAGGGGAAACCGCUGAGGCCACGAUAGAGGGCCUGAAUCCCUGGACCCAGUACCAGGUUCAGAUACAGGCCUACAACUCCAUAGGACCUGGACCCUGGAGUAACACCAUCGCUGCAAAGACGGCAGAAUCCGUUCCGGCUGGAUCUCCGAUGAAUGUUACUGCUGAGGCAGUGAGUUCCACCCAGAUCCUGCUCAAAUGGUCUCCUCUCCCCCGGGCUCAGAAAAAUGGAGUCAUACUUGGAUAUAAGGUGUUUUUCAGUGAGAAGGACUCAGACCUUCCUCCUAGUGUUCAGGUGACAGAAGGAGAAGGCAACGUGUCGCUGCUCCUCAGGCUCCUGCAGCGAUACACGGAGUACGUGCUGCAGGUUCUGGCCUACACACAGAUCGGCGACGGCCCUCUCAGCAGCCCCAUCCUGCUCCGGACCAAAGAAGACGUCCCAGGCCCCCCUGUCAGGAUGGUGUUUCCAGAAGUUCGAUUGUCAUCAGUCAGGGUGGUUUGGCAGCCGCCCACAAACCCCAACGGCAUCAUAUUAGGCUACCAGAUCUCCUACUGCCUGGACAGCAGGGACCCUCUGCGCUGGACCACGGUGGAGGUGGGCUCCAACGCUCGCCAGUUCACUGUCACGGGACUCUCCUCGGAGCAGACCUACGUGUUCCGACUCACCGCUCGCACCGCGGUGGGCUGGGGCAAGGAGCAGGAGGCCCUGGUUGUUACCACGGAACGCAGAGAGCGGCCGCAGCCACCGAGGAAAUUGUACGUUCCUCAGGACAGCGUAGAGUCUCGCCGUCUCCACCUCCACUGGGUGACGGGAGGCUCGGGCUCUUCUCCCCUGAGGUACUUCACUGUGCAGCUCAAACAGCUGCCCAGUGGGGACUGGAACACACACAUCGCUGACAUCCCACACAACGUGACCGCCUGGAGCGUUGACAGGUUGGAGCCCUUCACAUCGUACAAGUUUCGGAUGCUGUCCACCAACGAUGUCGGGGACAGCGUCCUCAGCAAAGAGACCGAGGCUGUGACGACUCUGCAGGACGUGCCCGAUCAGCCUCCGGUGAUCCUCGCAGUGAAGCCCACAACCACCACCUCAGUCCUGGUGCAGUGGAAGCGGCCCGGUGACGACAGCAUUAACGGGGUGCUGACUGGAUACCGGCUGUACUACAGAGAGCUUCCAGUAAACAGCUCGGCUUCCGCUGAGGCAGACGUCCAGACAACGAGGAGCACCAACACAAGUUCCCUCGUUACAACCAAGAGCACCUUCAAGACCGUCAGCAGCGCCUCGCUAACAGAGUUCGAGUUGACACAGCUCAAGAAAUUCACGCGUUACCAGAUUGUUAUGACGAGCUACAACAUCAUCGGAGAGAGUCCACCCUCCAUCCCUGUCGAGGUGUCUGUUGGAGAGGCAGCCCCUUCCGUGGCCCCCCAGUCCAUCAGAGUGUCCGCUGCGUCUCCCUCCAGCCUGGAAGUGACCUGGGACACCCCCCCCCUCGAGACCCAGAAUGGACUCAUCCAAGGAUACAAGAUCCACUACUGGGAGAGGGACAAGCAGAACCAGAGCGAGAAGGUGAAGGUGAUCUUUGUCCCCGACACGCGUGUGCAUCUCACCAACCUGACCAGCUACACGCCGUACCUGGUCACCCUGACGGCCUUCAACACGGCAGGGGACGGACCGCCCAGUGACCCCCGCGGGGCUCGGACCCUGCAGUCUGCUCCCAGCCCGCCCAGCUACCUGUCCUUCUCCGAGGUGACCGGAGGAAGCGUCAACGUGUCCUGGGGAGCUCCCCUCACUCCUAAUGGACAGCUGGAGGGCUACCGGGUCGUCUACCAGCCCACAGCUCCUGUGCAAGGGGUGAGUAAAGUUGUGACAGUCGAUGUGAAAGGCAGCUGGCAGCGAUGGCUGAAGGUUCGUGACCUGGUCAAAGGGGCGACGUACACAUUCAGCGUUCAGGCGCUCACAGUCAGCCACGGCCCCCCCGUCCAGACAAACAUCACUGCUCAGCCUGUGCAAGGCACCCCUGGGUCUCCUGUGGAAAUGUCCAUCACCAAGACGUCCUCUGAUCUAAACAUCCACUGGUCAGAGGGAGACGUCGGAGCAGCACCCGUCACUGGAUACGUCAUCGAGGCUCGGCCCUCAGAUGAGGGGGUGUGGGAUUCCUUCAUCAGACCCCUCCCUCCCAGCAGCAGGUCCGUGUCGGUACAGAUGGAGCGCCUGAGGUCGGGGAUCAGCUACGAGUUCAGAGUCAUCGCUGUUAAUCGCUAUGGUUACGGCCAGCCGAGUACAGCCUCUGCUGCUCUCGCUGCGCUGUCGGAGCGUCCGUUCUACGAGGAGUGGUGGUUCCUGCUGGUAAUGGCUCUGGUGGGAAUCAUCCUCAUUCUGGUCUUGGUCUUCACGCUGCUGCUGCACGGACACAGCACCAAGUACAAGGCCUGUGGCACAGGGAAACACGUGUCCACGGCCGAGGAGUCGGUGACUCUGGACAACGGAGGGUUCACGGCUCUGGAGCUCAACAGCAGGACGCUCAACACCAAGAACUCCUUCCUGAAGAAGAACGGCACCAGAUCUCCUCCCAGGCCCAGUCCAGGUGGUCUUCACUACUCUGAUGAGGACAUCUGUAACAACUACAACGGAGCCGUGCUCACUGAGAGCACCACACUGACAGAGAAACCCACUGAGGUGUCGGAGUCAGAGUUAACGGACAGUGACUACGAGGACGAGCAGCCGAAGCACUCCUUCGUCAACCACUACAUGAGCGACCCCACCUACUACAACUCGUGGAAGCGGCAGCCCAAAGGCCUCAAAGCCAUCACCGCUCCGUUUGGCUACGAGGAAUGUGCCGCCGCCGAGACGGAGCCGUACUACCAGACCGUGGUCACCCAGCACAGCACAGGCGGCGCGUACACACCGACGGGGCAGCCGGCGCACACGCACGUCAACCCCAACACCAACCCGCCGGGAUCACGCACCCCCGUGACGGGAUUCUCCUCCUUCGUUUGACUCUAGAGACAAAAACCUGCACAAAAGUGAUACACACACACACACACACACACGUACACACAUGUACACAAAGUGAAAGAGGGGGUGGGGGCAGUGUGUGUUCGAGAGCUGACGGCUUCAGAGGAGAGGGGAGGACACGAUGAGGAGGACGAGUGACGAACCUUCACGCCCCAAAGAACUAAACCCACACGUCUCACUCGCCUUCUCCCCUCGUUCACAAAGAUCAUCACUGUGUGUGUGUGUGUGUGUCGCUCUCCUGCUCUUCUCCGUCACUGUGCUCACACAUACAGUAAAUGUUUCCAAACACACACUCUCGCACACUCAUGCCUAUUUCAGAGACUCUCCCACGAGAGAUGGACCAGUUUGUGUAAAUGUGGAGGAGAGAAUUCCACCUCGGACUCGGGGAACGUGGAAUUUCUGCACAACGCUUCUUCUUUCCUGUAUUUACGCAUAAUUGCACAAAUACACACACACACACACACACACACAUCUGCAUUUUCUUAUGCCCUGAUUGGAGCAACUGGGAGAGAGGAACUCAAAGAGUGAAGAAUUAUUCAAAAGGAAGCAGCAGCUUUUAUCGACCGAUUCAUGUGCGACACAAACACGGAGCUGUCGGCUUUAAACGACCACAACGCGGAGGAAGAGAAGAAAAAAACAACAACAAUGGAUAAUCAUCGUGUUUGCUAAAGGACGAGUGUUCUUCAGCACUUAAGGAAUUCUCAGUGAGCGUGUUGUGUGGUUUCUGGGAGCGACCUGUGGGGCUUGUGUUGGAAUAAAUGAGAAAACAUGUAUUUUUUACCGUCUACUGCUCUUUAAAACACCGCCCCCCCCUGACCCCAAGCCAUUACGCUUGCACUGAGCCGAACCCCGCACAUCUCAUCUUUACCCUGCUGAGGUUUUUCAUUUUUUACAAGUUUGAGCGUGCGUGUGCGUUUGAGUGUGACACGUGUGUACAAGCAUGUGUGUGUAUAUAUGCCCCCCCGUUUGUCUCCGUCGUUCAACGCUAAGCAAAGUGUGCCAUUGUGUGUAUGUUUGUAUUUUUAAGAUGGAUUUUGUACAGGAAAAACCCUUUUUACUGUCGUACGUAGCUCAGCCAUGUUUGUGUAAUUCAAAGCUAAUGGGGGAAACGAUGGAUCAGCAGGAAGAAGAAGAGGAGGAGGCAGAGGCCAAGUCAUUUCACGAGCAGCAUUCAAAUACACGUCAGUGAGUGAGACUGGAACACGAUUACAGGAUAUUUCACUCUUGGUCAAAGUGGUUGAAGUUUGAACCCUCGGCUCCAGCAGCCGACUCACGUGUACGUUGCACUUUCCUUCAAGUGCAAACAAGAAUCACCCGUAAGUUCCGCUCAUGUAUGAUUUAGAGAUUCUCCACACACCCUCACUCUGUCACGCUUGUUUUUUCGAGUCCCAUACAGCGUGUGAAUAAAUGGUCAUUGUUUAAACAGCG